AAAAUAAAUACUAAACAUGAAUGAAUGAUAUGAAUAUUUCAUUUAUUAAAUUUUCAGAAUUAAAGAUUUGAACUGAUCCUUGUCACAUGACAGACAAAAUGGCAGCGCCCAUGAAAGAAUGAAAAUGUGGAAAUAUUUGUCAUAUUUUCGUGUAUCGAUAAGCUGACUGAGUUUUCAAAACUAAGCACAGGAUGGCAGGUCGAGGGCGGGGCCGUGGGAGAGGUACACUCUCAUUUUCAACUGAAUCUCUUGGAUUUGGGAGGGGUGAAGCUCUACCAACUUGUAUUUUGCAGCCUCCACCAAUUUAUCCUACUUUGGAAUUCCACCCUGUCCCACUAUUAGGAGGAGAAAGGCAGGCAUACAUGUUGGCACUGAAGCAAGAGUUCCGCAACACAAUGAGAGAAUCUCCACACUUCAUACAGGCUGAGGAAAAGAAAAAGGACAUUGAAAGAUACUCGGAUAAAUACCAGCUGGGCCCCCAAGACAAUACUAUAAACUGGGAACCUGAUUUUUCUCGGCUUCCCAAGGAAUUAAGAAUUAAAGUGAGAAGAUCUGCACGGAAAUAUAAGACUAAUGUAAAACCAAAUAUUUCCACUGCUAAACAUAAAGGUGCUGAAGAUGCCAAAGAUAUUGAAAAGAAAUUAGAGGCACUUGAAAAACUUGAGGAGACCAAAGGUGAUGAAGAGGAAGAUGAGGAAGACAAAGAGAAAAAGAAGGAAGGAGAGGAUAAAGGGGAAGAGGAGCCAGAAGAAGAGGACUUCUAUGAUGAAGAGGAAUUAGAGGAGGAAACAGAUUACAAUCUCAAUUAUUUUGACAAUGGCGAGGAAAUUGAUGAAGAAGAUGAUAAUCUUGAUGAAGGUGCCAUCUAUUGAGAAACUCAGGAACUAGAAAUAAAUACAACGAUCAGGAUCAUCAUCAUUUUCUAUGAAUGUAAACCAACUGGAGAGAAAAUGUACACUCUUCCUAUAUAUUUAUUGGGGAACAAUGGCAAUUUUUGCCAACAAAGUUGCAGAAAUGUGGGCAUAUAUUAUGCAAUAUUGAUGAAUCACCCGUAGUGAUGACUCCAAGGUGUGAAUACUGAUAUGGGGUUAACUAUGGGGCGUAUUAAAGCCAUUAGUUCAUACUGAAUGUUGGCCAUUCAGUGAUGUCACUAAGGUCCAACUGUAUGCUGUUUAUAGAAACUUCUCUUUAUGGUUUGUUUGGAAAUCAUGGUUUGUUUAAAAAUCAUGGUUUGACAAACAGCAUAUCAGUAAAUAAUUAUUUUGAUAUUGAAAUUAAAAAAUUGAAUUGAAUAUGAAUUGAAUUAAAGAUGCACACAUGUUUGUAUCAGUUUUGUGGUUUAUAGAAAGGAUCAGAAAUUUGAAUAUGAAUUAUUCCAAGAAAUAAAAAUAACAAAUUAAAAUUGAUUGUAUAAGGAUAUAAGAUGCACUGAAGUUUUGUAUACAAGGAUACUCAUUUGACAUUUGGUAUGUGUAGCCAAGUGAGAAUGGUGGAAGAGGAAUGGUUAUUUGAAAUUUAAAAAUUAAAAUUGAAUUGAAUUACAAUCCACAUGUGUUUGUAUUAACUCUGUGAUUCACGUUUUAUAGAAAGAAAAUAUGAAUUAUUCCGAGAAAUAAAAAUAUUAAACUAAAA